AUGAAGGACCUCUUGAUGGUCGACGCCGUGGACGAGGCCCACGUCGUCCACGAGCUCGUGACGCGCUACCGCCAGCGCCACGUCUACACGUUCCUCGGCCCCGUCCUCAUCGCGCUGAACCCGUACCAGGCGCUCGUGCAGCCGACCGGGGCGUCGAUCUACGACCGCAACAUGAUCGACCAGUUCCAGGGCCGCGAGCUCCACCUGUGCGCGCCGCACCCGUUCGCGCUGGCCGAGAGCGCCUACACGAGCCUCAUGCGCUUUGGACUGGACCAGAGCCUCUUGAUCACGGGCGAGUCGGGCAGCGGCAAGACCGAGACGUCCAAGCACGUGAUGCGCUACUUGACGACCAUCAGCACGCGCUUCCGCGCCAAGAGCGCCGUCGUGGCCAGUCGCCGCAUGUCGAUGGCCCAGCGCAAGGAAGCGGACGACAUGACGAGCCACGUGACGGACGUGCUCUGGGGCAGCAAUCCCGUGCUCGAGGCCUUUGGCAACGCGCAGACGAUCCGCAACCACAACAGCAGUCGCUUUGGCAAGUACAUUGUGCUCCAGAUGAACCGCGUGGGCCAAGUCAUUGGCGGCUACAUUGACAACUACCUGCUCGAGCGCAGCCGCGUGAUCCGCCAGGCACACGGCGAGCGCAACUUUCACGCGUUCUACCAGUUGUUGACCGGCGCGACGCCCGAAGAGCGCGACGCGUGGCAGUUGCCGCCGAGCGCCGAGGCGUUUGACGUUUUGGGCAACGAAGCCGCGACGAUUGAGGGCGUGGACGACGCGGCCAACUACCGCAUGGUGCGGACAAACAUGACGGCCGUGGGCAUUACCGACAGUGAGCAGCACGAGAUUUUCCAGCAAUUGUCGGCGAUUUUGUGGCUCGGAAACGUGCGGUUCAAGCAAACGGCCGAUGAAGCGCACAAUCCGUGUGCUGCGAUCGAUACGGUCGAAGCAAGGGAAGCGUUGGCCAAGGCGGCGGCGCUGAUGGGCAUUGAGAAGGACAAGCUCGAGGCCAUGCUGACGUUUCGCGUGGUGAAUAUCUACCGCGAAGACCAGAAAGUGCUGUUUGAUGCACGACAGGCCAAAAAAGUGUGCGACUCGAUCAUGCGGUCGCUGUAUGAAAAGAUUUUCGACUGGAUUGUGUCUCGCAUCAACAAGAACGUGACGUGCAAGAAGCGAGACAUUAACAACAGCAUUGGUAUCCUGGACAUUUACGGUUUUGAGAUCUUUGAGGUGAACGCAUUCGAGCAGCUGUGCAUCAACUAUGUGAACGAGAAACUGCAGCAGCUGUUCAUUAGUCAGACGCUUGAGAGUGAGCAAGAAGGGUACCACCGCGAAGGCUUGAGCUGGCAAAACAUUACCUUUUUUAACAAUCAGGUGGUGUGCGACCUGAUUGAGGAUCCCAAACAGCACGGUAUAUUCCCACUGCUGGACGAGCAGUGUGCCAUUGCGCGGCUGUCGGAUCUCGAGCUCAUUGAACGGUACAACUGCGAGCACUCGAAGAACCCUCAUUACGUUGCGUCUCGCGUGCGGGGGCCCAACUUUGGUAUCGUGCACUAUGCCGGCAAGGUCGAGUACGACGUCACGCUUUUCUUCGAUGCCAACGUGGACACGUUCUUCAACGACCUGCAGGACGGCAUGGAACAUUCGUCGAACGCGUUUGUCCGCGAAGUGUUCCUCGAUACGCGCACGAAGGAGCAAACGCUGAAGCGCCCUCCCUCGACGUCGCAACAGUUUCGAACACAGGUUGCGGAUUUGCUCAAGAAGCUGGAUGGCUGCAACCCGCACUACAUUCGUUGCAUCAAGCCGAACGAGGAGAAGCGUCCGCUGAUUGUGAACAAAGAGCUCGUUGCGGAGCAAGUGCGUUGUCUUGGGUUGGUGGAAAACUUAAGUGUACGUCGGCAGGGUUUCUGCUACAGCCAACCGUACGGUCCGUUCAUUAAGCGGUACAGCUUUCUAUCGGAAUCUACCUGGCCAGCACCGAUUGCUCAUUCGUCUCGCAAGGCCGCCGUUGAUCUGCUCACGACCGCUGGACUGGGUGUGAGAGACCCGGACAAUAAGAACGUGCUGCUUCCGUUCGAAGAGGAUUCCAACACGCUUGCGUGCUUCUCCCUCGGCCGCAACAAGCUUUUUUUGCGUCACCCACAAGCGUUGUCUGCGCUAGAGACCCUGCGCGAGGAGCGGAUCCCGGUCAUCGUCAGGAUCAUUGAGAACGCCUGGCGCCGCUACAAGAAUCGCAUUUCGCUGAGUGCCUUUCAAGCUGCGUAUAACCAGCUUUUGGCAGCGUACGAUGUUGCGUGGAAGAAUUGCCAGGAUCGUCGGAAGCGCGUUCCGGGCUCUGCUGCAAAGGAGCACGUUGCGCAGCUGUAUUCGAAAUGGGAGACUGCGUCUGCAAAGCUGCUGUACGUCGACAACAGCCGCCUGGUCAAGAACCUCCAGAAGGAAGAGGAGCUCAACUCGGUCCUUUUCAUGCAGAGCUUUGUCCAGUCACGUACGCAGCGUCGUAAGUUUCAGGAGCUCCGGAGAGCUCAGAUCGUGUUUAGUAAACGCUACCGUGGCCUCAAGACGCGCAAGCAGCUUACGAAAGACAUGUGGAGAGCAUGCAAGAUUGCUCUGCUAGGUGUGCGCACAGAAUUCGAGCGCUACUUGGGCAAGAAAAAGCGUCGUCGCGAUUCGCUAGACCGCAUGUACCAGGGCGAUUACAUCGGUGUGAACAAGUAUCCUGCGUACGCGUUAUUGAUCCAGACUCAUACUAACGGCAAAAGUGGCGGCGCUCGUGAUCGGAAUGAAAAGCUGUUGUUUUUGGACACCGUGGAGAAGGUGAAUGAGCGCUGGGCACAUCAGGCACGUGUGCUUAUGAUUAGCGAGAGCCGUGUGUUCAACCUGAAAGCUGACAAGAUCCAGCAACCGAAGGAACGACGUGUGUUUGAGCUGGCUCGUCUCACGAGCGUAGCCAUGAGUACGCAGCCAGACAACUACCUGAUCAUGCGUGUAAAGGGCGAGAUCGACCUGAUGGUGCAGGUGUCUCAGAAGACAGAGGUGGUGCAAGCUUUGCGUAGCCGCAUCGAGAAGGCGUUUGGCCGUGAGCUGCAGGUCGAGUUCUCGGACGAGUUGGAUUUCUACGCGGCGAAGGGCAAGCAACUCAAGGUCAAGUUCAUCUUUGACCGCUCGAUGAAGGACUCGGAAUGGAGCAAAGUGGACCGCCACACGAUGCUCGUCAAGGUCGGCAUCAUCUAA